AUGACAAUCCCUGGUGAUGACACUGAUGCUGGUGAAAUUGGUCGUCAAUACCUGGUACUUGAGAGCAAAAUUGCAUCUGUAUACAAGGGUGCAUACCGUACUCAGGAAGUAGCCAUCAAAGUCCUGAAGUCUGAGUGUGGAAGUUCAGACAUGCAGAGACAGUUUUCACAAGAAGUGUAUAUUAUGAGGAAAGUUCGACACAAGAUUGUUGUACAAUUCAUGGGUGAUUGUACCAAACCUCCAAGUUUGUGUAUUGUAACAGAAUAUAUGUCUGGUGGAAAUGUAUAUGACUAUCUACUCAAGCAAAAGUGUACUUUUAGGCUUCCAUCUUUACUAAAAGUAGCGAUCUUAUCCAAGGGAAUGACCUACUUGCACCAGAAUAAUAUAAUCCACAGGUACUUGAAGGCUGCGAACUGA